AUGUGAAUUUGGGAUUUUCUUUCUCUCCCUCCUCAGGUACCAAACUAACGAAGAGACUUUCAAGGAGCUAGUUGGUUUCUGGAUCAACAACCUGUUCAUGCGAGUCCCAAACUCGGUGGUGCUUCCCGUGGGAACCCAUGUGGACUGCUGCUGGGAGCAGGAGGUAGAGGAGAAGAGGUGUGACAUCAUGGCCAAGAUCUCAGCCAUACUGGCAGAGAGAAAGAGCAACCUCGCUCACUUCAUCAACAACCUGGAGGGCAGUGAGGAGCCUGAGUUCUACGUGGACCAGUGGGAGAGGCUGAAGGAGAUGGAGAGCUGCACAUUAACCAUCUUAAACUUAGUUGCUGUCAACUGCACGGAUCACCACGAUAUCAAAAAGCUCGAGGCCACUAUUCUGGAGCAUGUGAAGAAUGAGGAGCUCUUCCCCGAGGUCGUCCGCGUGCUGCCGCCCGUCUACAGGCAGGUGGAAGCUGCCAUCGUAGAUAUCGCACAGAGCGAGGAGGUGGCAGACCAUGGCAUGAUGGACCUCCAGUACCUGCUCAGCAAACUCUCCCAGUGCAAGCACCUGGCCAGCCUGGGCAGAGAGCUUCUCCAGGACAUCCUGAGGUACCUCCACCGCAUCGGGCUUGUCGUGUGGUACGAGGAAAUCAAGCACCUGGAGAGCACUGUUUUUCUCCAGCCCACCUUCCUAAUAACUAUGUUCAAGCUCCUUGUGAGGUACCGCCUAGUCCAGCAGCUCGAGAGCAUCUCUGUGGACACACUGAUCGGGGAACAUGCCACCAUCAGAGACAGGUCCAACUGGGUAUGGACCUUCAAGUCCAAGGCAAUGCUGUGUCACCGGGCCGUGCGUGCCUUGGUGAAGCACCAGCUCUGCUCGGAAGGGAUGCGGGAUGUCUUUGAGGAAAUCAUGGGGCACAGGCCCCGCAGAGGGAGAGGGAGAGGGAAGCUCUUCAGCCUCCUGGAGCACUUUGAGCUCUGCCUGGAGGUGAGGCACACUGAAGCGCUCAACCCACAGGCCAGUGAGUUUGUGCCUGGGAAGCCGUGGGAGAUAACGGGGGGCCAAGGCGAGUCCUGGUACCUGUUCCCAACCUAUCUGAACCAGACUGAAGAGGUCUCUGAGGUCUGGGGAGGAGAUCACCCUGAGGACCUCCACAUCCGUGCCUACUUCUCACCCGAAAUACCUGAGGGUUUCUUCCAGAGGUUCCUGGUGAAAGCUUGCUCCUUCUACUCCACACACUGGGUGGCCAAGGAGACCUGCCUGCUCAUAUGCAAUGGCAAACCUCUGCUGAUCAAAGAGAAUAACCAGAGGGCCUACAGCUUCCUGGAGCUCCGGUGCAGAAAGCCGGCAGGAAGGACAGGUUUCCAGUUCACCUGGGACUUCCUCAUGGCAGUUGUGUUCAUCAUCCAGAAGCUUGCUGAGGAGUGGCCGGGGCUGCACGUGUGCGUGAAGACCCCGUGCCGAACGGCCGGCUGUCCUGCAGAGCUCAUCUGGCCGGACAUGGAUGGCACAAACACCAUGACGAAGGAAGACGUUAAAACCUGUGGGACCUGUGGGCACCGCUUUGGCGCAGAGCUGCUCCUGCCCAAAGUGCCCAGGCAGCUGGAGGAGCCCCCGGCACAGCCCUCUGCUCACUAUUUCGUGACAAGCUAUGGGACCACCACCUUCGGGCCCAGCAGCAUCCACGUCAAUCGGCAGAACAUCUCAAGUGAGUAA